AUGGCGGACUCCGGCCAGCAGCCACCUCGCCCUGAGAGCGGGAAACGCAAAAGCAAAGCCGUCUACGUGCAGGCCAAACGGGCGCGGCGCGGUGACGCCGGCGGCCCGCGGCAGCUGGAGCCUGGACUACAAGGGAUUCUCAUCACUUGCAACAUGAACGAGCGCAAGUGCGUAGAGGAGGCCUACAGCCUACUGAACGAAUACGGCGACGACAUGUAUGGGCCGGAAAAGUUUACAGACAAGAGUCAGCAGUCCUCUGAAAAUGAGGGAGAAAAUGAGGAUGAUGAUGAUGUGGAGGCUGCCUUGAAGAAGGAAGUUGGUGACAUUAGGACAUCUACAGAGAUGAAGCUAAGAAGAUUCCAGUCUGUGGAGAGUGGAGCAAACAAUGUAGUCUUUAUCAGAACACUUGGAAUAGAACCUGAGAAGUUGGUGCAUCAUAUCCUUCAGGAUAUGUACAAAACCAAGAAGAAGAAGACGCGAGUUAUUCUACGAAUGAUACCCAUCUCUGGCACCUGCAAAGCUUUCUUGGAGGACAUAAAAAAAUAUGCAGAAACAUUUUUGGAACCCUGGUUUAAAGCACCAAAUAAAGGGACAUUUCAGAUUGUUUACAAAUCUCGAAAUAACAGUCAUAUGAAUAGAGAAGAAGUUAUCAAAGAAUUGGCAGGAAUAGUAGGCAGCCUCAAUUCCGAAAACAAGGUGGAUCUUACCAAUCCGCAGUACACGGUGGUGGUGGAAAUUAUCAAAGCUGUCUGCUGCCUGAGUGUGGUGAAAGAUUACAUGCUGUUCAGAAAGUACAAUCUCCAGGAGGUAGUGAAGAAUGCCAAGGACCAGUCACAGCUUAACCCAAAGCAGGUGACACCUUCAGGUAACGGAAAAGCAACUAAGAUGGAAUCUGGCGACAAAUCAGAUCAAGGCAGCCUGUUGGAAGGAAAACCUAACCAGCAGAAGAAAACAGAAAACAGUGAAGAGGCAGAACAGACAAAAGGCGCAUCGGAGACACAGGUGCAGGAUGAAGGAGAAACUAAACCUGAACUUGGAAGUAAAGCCUCUGAAGAAGCUAAGUCAAAUGAAAAUGACCUCACCUAA